GUAUUACAAUAUAUUGGACAUCCACUUAACACUUCAGAGAUCCCUAAAUUUGAGUGUCUUUUACUUCAUACUACUGUUUCAGCUGGCUUGGCAUUUCAGUGGAUUGAAAAUCCUGAAGUUAAAGCAUUAUUUCAGUUUAUUAGUCCACUUUUAAAAUUGCCUGAUAGAAAAUCUCUAAGCGAUCGUAUUUUAACAAGUAUGGCAAAUGAACUACAAGAAUCAAUUAUGGAACUUGCCAGUAAAGACAAAAUUGGAGUCACAAUCGCUUUUGAUGGUUGGUGUAAUAUAGUAAAACAAGAAAUAAUGGGAAUAGUAUUCAUUACAUCUUCAGGUGAAGUUUUAAUUUGGAUAGCUGAUAAUAUAAGUAGGGAAAGACAACGGCAAGAAGAAGUAAUUUCUAGGAUUUGUGCUCUUUUUGCAGAAGCUGAGGAAUUAAAUAUAAAAGCAAACUGUCUUGUAACUAAUUCCGCUAGUACAUAUGCUGCGGCUAGAUGUUAUUUGAGAAAUGAAAUGCGUGAUAAGGUGUUUAUUCCAUGUUUUGCCCAUCAGGCAAACUGUUGUAUUGGCGAACUAUUUAAGGAGUCUCUUUCAUUUAAAAAUACAAAUAAAAAUGCAAUUCGAAUAGUUACAUUCUUUCAUCAUUCAGUAUAUUUUACUGCUAAAUUGCGUGAUGAACAAUUAAUAUUUAAAAAUCUUGAUAUUUCGCAAUUUCGAACAAAAAUGAUUACGAGACUCGAAAGAAGAUGGAGUACAUGGGAACAACCAAUUCUACUUCUUUCUUUUUUAUUAUAUUAUUUUAAAGCAUGGUUUGGUUCUGAACCUAAUAAGUUAUUAUUUGAAUUUGAAUUAUAUAAGCAACAAAAAUAUCCUUUUAUUGAAAAAACUUUCAAACAAUUUAAUGGUGAUAUCAUUUUUUGGUGGUCAUAUAAUUCCAGGAUAGCACCAGAAUUAAGUUGUAUAGCAUGUCACUUAUUUGGUAUAUGUGUUACAACAGCUUCAGUAGAAAGGCUUUUUUCUACUAUGGGUUUUCUACAUUCACCAUUGCAUAACAAACUAAAAAAUUACAAAGUUUUUCCUUGCGGUACCCUAAUUGCGAUAAGUCAACUUCGUGCAGAGAUUUUGAGAACAAGAGAAUCUAAAUUUAAUUACAAUCAAUCAAAUUUACCUUCAUCAUCUGAUUUUUUAUCAGCCUCAUCUAAUCAAAGUCAAACAUUUGAAUCAAAUAAUGAAGAAACAGACAGAGGCAUUAAUCUUAAAGAGGAUAAUAGUAUUAAUUCUGAAACUGAUUGGGAUUUUGUUAUUAAUGAAUGGGAGGAAUUAUUAAGUGAUGAACAAUUGAAUGAAGAAUCUGAUAAAGAAUCUGAUAACGAGAUAGAUAAUGAAUUGGAUUUUUAUGAUUCUGAAAUUCAUCUGGCAGAAAAUCAAUCAGCAAAAUGGAAAUUGGAAGAUUUAUUUUUAUCUAAUUUGCCACCUUUAGUUUUUGAAUUAUAA